UUUUAUAGUUUUGUCAAAAUUCUUUUUAAUCGUUGAAAACGAAGCCUCUCUCGUUUGUUCACAGGCGAAGGAACAGGACUAAAAAGGAAUGAACGAAGAACAGCGAUCUAUUCUCCUUCAAUCCUCUUCUCGUUUCCCGCCGCCAAAAGGAACUAAGCUCUCUUAUGGCACCGCCGGAUUCAGAGCCGACGCAUCGAUCCUCCAGUCCACAGUAUUCAGAAUCGGGAUUCUGGCGGCGUUGCGGUCUUUGAAGACUGGAGGAGCGGUGAUCGGGUUGAUGAUCACUGCUUCACACAACAAAGUCUCUGAUAAUGGCAUCAAAGUCGCUGACCCAAGCGGCGGAAUGCUCACUCAAGAUUGGGAGCCAUUUGCUGAUUCUAUCGCUAACGCUGCAGAUCCUGAAAGUCUCGUCAAGUUGAUAACUGAAUUUGCAAAGAAGGAAAACAUCCGACUUGAUGGAGCAAAAGCAGCAGUUUUAUUGGGAAGAGACACCAGGCCCAGUGGUGAAUCACUUGUCAAAGCUGCAAACAAAGGAAUUUGUUCUGUAUUGGGAGCUGUUGCAAUUGAUAUGGGGAUUGUAACAACUCCAGAAUUGCAUUGGAUGGUUCGUGCCAGAAACAAGGGUUUGAAAGCAACCGAGCUUCAUUAUUUUGAUCAACUUUCCACCUCUUUUAGAUGGUUGAUAGAUUUGAUACCCGAGAAGAGCAGAGAUAAUCAUCCAAUUGGGAAAUUGGUUGUUGAUUGCUCAAAUGGAGUGGGUGGGGAGAAGCUUCAAGUUUUGAAAGAAAAGUUGAAUGCUUUUUUGCAUUUAGAGAUUCGUAAUUCAGGUAAUUCAGGUAUACUAAAUGAUGGAGUUGGUGCUGAUUAUGUACAAAAGGAGAAAGUUGCUCCUCAAGGCUUUUUUGGUCAUUCAGAUGUUGGGAUAAGGUGUGCAAGUCUAGAUGGAGAUGUGGAUCGGUUUGUAUACUUUACACUCACAUCAAAUGGAGACAACAAAAUCAACCUAGUCGAUGGAGACAAAAUUUUAUCCUUGUUUGCUUUAUUUAUCAAACAGCAACUAAGUAUCCUCAAUGAAGAUGUUGGUGUUGGUGUUGUACAAACGGCUUAUGCUAAUGGUGCAUCCACUAAAUACCUAAACGAUGUGGGACUAAAAGUCGUAUUUACCCCCACGGGAGUCAAGUAUUUGCAUGGAAAAGCCGAAGAAUAUGAUAUUGGUAUCUAUUUCGAAGCAAAUGGUCAUGGAACAGUUUUAUUCUCGGAUCAUUUCUUAAGUUGGUUAGAUGGUAUAAAAAAUGAGCCUUGUUCAGGUUUAGAGAAGCAGAAUGCUGUCAAGAGGUUACAGGCAGUGGCUAAUCUGAUGAAUCAGGCUGUUGGUGAUGCCCUGAGUGGGUUGCUUUUAGUUGAAGCCAUCCUACAACAUAUGGGAUGGUCAGUUGAUAAAUGGAAUGAACUUUAUCAUGAUCUGCCAAGCAGACAACUUAAGGUAAAAGUUGCAGAUAGAAGUGCGGUGGUAACAACUAAUGCAGAAACCAGUGUUGAGAAGCCACCUGGCCUUCAAGAAGCUAUCACUGCAUUAACUGCUAAAUACCCACAAGGCAGAUGUUUUGUACGGCCAUCAGGAACAGAAGAUGUUGUGAGAGUUUAUGCAGAAGCAAAAACACAGGAGGAGGCAGAUGAGCUUGCUGAUUCUGACGACAAGACAGAACAGAACAGAACAAGAACAUGA